AGCACUUCGGGAAUGGUUAUAAAAGUGGGAAUAAAUGGAUUCGGCCGAAUCGGGAGGGUAAUAUUCAGGACUUGUCUGCAGAAUCCCAGCAUUGAGUUAUCUGCGAUAAACGACCCGGCGAUCGACAUCGAGUACAUCUGCUAUUUGAUCAAGUUCGACUCCACUCAUGGCAAAUUCAAAGGGAACAUCACGCAUACAGACAAUGAAAUUAAUAUCGAUGGUUUUAUAGUGAGAGUAUUUCGCGAGAAAUUACCCCACAGUGUUCCUUGGCAAGCAGCCGGGGUGCAGUACGUCAUCGAAGCCUCUGGCAUGUUCACCUCUUUGGAUAAGGCAUCGGGUCACCUGGCCAGCGAUGGAGUCAGACGUGUAAUAGUAACAGCACCAAGUGUCGACGUCCCUAUGAUCAUCCUCGGCGUGAAUGACAACAAACUGAGCACAGAACAAAAGGUCCUAUCAUGUGCGUCCAGUACACUAUACUGCCUGGCACCAAUAAUGAAGGUCUUGGAGGAGUCAUUCGGCGUGACAGAGGGGUUCAUCACCAGUAUACACGCCAUGACGCCGUCGCUCAAGCCUUUGGACGGCCUGUGUUUGAGGGGAAAGCAUUGGCGCGAUCACAGGAGUAUUCAUCAGAAUAUAAUUCCAGCGAGUACUGGGGCUUGUAAGGCCUUAGCCAAAAUACUCCCGCAAGUGAAAGACAAGAUGUCCGGCCUAGCGUUCCGAGUGCCCAUUGUUAACGUUUCCGUGCUUGAUUUGACUGUAAGACUAAAUACAAACACAAAUAUGCAAGACAUAAUCAAAUCUGUAGAAAAGGCAAGCAAAUCAUUUCUUCAAAAUAUAAUAAAAAUAUCCAACGAAGAAGCGGUGUCCUCAGACUUUAGCGGGGACAGUCACUCGUGCAUUCUGGAUGCAGACUCCAGUUUACAGCUUAAACCCAACUUUUACAAAAUUAUAUGUUGGUACGAAAACGAGUUCUCGUACGCUUGCAGAGUUUUAGAUUCCAUAUUUUACUCCGAAAAUCAAUUUAACAAACCGGUCAGACUUCUUCCAUGCAAAAUGACUUACGUCAGAGCGAAACUUACGAAAAAACAGGAUGGAGUUCAACAAACCGAACACAAUAUUAAAGAGAUGUCAAUAGAAUGCAACUACAACUCCACUGAAAUACCUAAGGUGUUAUGUACCACAUCUCAAGAGGCGGCGUUUAAACGCAAGCCCUUCAGCCGGCCACUAUAUUUGAGAAAGCCAUUGUCAUCACACAAUUCGGGGCCAAACACAACACCAGCAUUGAACCGCGACACAAAAAAGAGAAAUGAGCUUUUCAAAAUUUGGAAUGACAAUAAUGACGCACAAAAGAAUGCCGCAAGGCAAAACCGAAGUUCAUUCUUCCACAGUUGCAUAUCAUUUGGACCCAAAAAACCGGAGAAAAUAGACUGCUUGAAAGCUCAUGAACGUUUAGAAAAUGUCAAGCGGGAAUUCUCAAAAAUGGUGAACAUUACUGAAGAUUUACUUAAGAAGUCCUGUAGUAACAAACUGCAACUCGAUACUACAGAAAAGAAGUCUGUGGAAGGAGUCAAACCGACUGCUAUUGGAGGAUUGAAAGAGGAUACGUUUGAAGAGACCAAAACUGUGUUAAACGGAAAAGUUAAUAAUCCUCCACAAAGUAACCCAAUAUUUAAUGUUUGCGGUGAUUUCAAGAGUUCGGUAAUCACCACUCUCACUGAUGAUUGUAGCAAAGAAGACGUCCGGUUUUACGGUUCAAAUGAACGCAACGAAAAUAUUUCCGUGUUGAAUAUGGAAGGGGAAGUUUCGCAAAAGGUUGCUUCGGAAAUAAGUUCAGGAACUCCUCAAGACGAAAUAGGACGAACAAAUCAGAAUCCCAUUACAAGUUCUGGUCAAAAUUCCGUACCUCCAAAUAACGAUACGACGGCUAAUGUGAUGGUGCCCACGAACAAAACUGUUAAGCCUAUAUCCGCGAGCACUAAUAUCACGGUACCAAUGUCCGAAACACUUAAUAACUACAUAGAGAACUUAACUAGCAAAUCACGAGGAAAAAAUGUUUUAAAUGAAACCAAACAGACUAUUAGAAAAGUUAGUGAUGAUUUAAACGCAGCAACAGGACCUGUAGAAGAGAUUGAAUCAGUUGAAUCAGUAGUUGCAGUUAUUGAAGGUGGUUUUGAACCAGAUCCACCUAGAGAGAAAGUACCCUGUGAUACGCAAACGAUAUCGCCCAAAAUCCCAGAGCCGGACCCGCCGGAGUUGUUAAACUAUAUGGAUUUUAACAAAUAUUUACAUAACAAGGACUACAACAUGCAAAUAAUAGACGAAGAGCUAAAAAAACGGAAUAUUGUUUUAGUAAAUAAUCAAAAAGAUGAUAACUGUUCCGUGAACUUCAAAACUUGUAGCAGCAUCGAUAUCGAGCAUAUGGCCGUGGAAACAGACGAACGUCGGAGGAACUUGAACUUGAAUAAGCAGAUUUUGGAGAGUUUGAACAGAAUGACUCCCGAACCAUGUCAGGACCCACGAUCGGGGUCUUGCAGCCCCGGCGACACUGUCACCACUGUGAGCAAUGGAGACGGCAAACGAACCAAACCUGACCUCUACGACAAACUUGAUAGUGCCAGCGCUACCGACUCUAACAAUUCAUUCGAAAUUAACGAGAGGAAAUCACAAGUAAUCCAUAUCACAGAUUUGACAAAUUCACUAGAAGAUUUGGCACGAUUAGACAAGAUUUGCAGAAUUAUCGAGAUCUCCGAUGAAUUGUCGGAUAAAUUGUUCUCAAAUUUGGACCAGGCGGAUCUGACCGACGCGCAACAGAAAAAAUGGUCCUUCAGAGAUUUAUGCGAAAGGAUAAAGUUGGACGAAUUCUGUAACAGAGUCUUUGGUAAAACUAGUAAUUAAGACAUAAUAUUUGUGAUCCGUUAAAAAUUAACAAAGUGCGUUUCAUUUGAAAUACAUCUACCUUUAUUUGAGGCACUUGUA